AUGGCUCUUCCGGUCAAGAACUUAGGGAUACCGGGAGCCUUUGAGGCUACUUGUGGGAUUCAAGCACCCACCACCAAUGCAAAUAACUUUGAGAUCAAGCCCGCCUUGAUCAAUUUGGUGCAAAGUCAUCCAUUUUGCGGAAAGAGUAGUGAAUCACCGCAUAAGCACUUGAAGCAAUUCAAGCACUAUUGUGAUACAAUCAAACACAUUGGAGUGACUUCGGAUUAUGUGACGUUGACACUAUUCUGCUUCUCUCUUUUAGGACGUGCUAGCGAUUGGCUUGACAAGGAGGUCAAGCCAAAUUCACUUCGAACUUGGAAUGAGGUGACAAGCGCAUUUUUGAGCAAGUUCUACUCUCAUGGGAAGACGGCGGAGUAUCGCCACAAAAUUCAAUCAUUUGAGCAAAAGCGAGAUGAGUCGAUUUUUGAAGCUUGGGACCGAUUCAAAGAAUACCAAAGGGAAUGCCCUCACCAUGGGAUUCCUAAGUGGUUACUUCUCCAAAAGUUCUAUUUGGGAUUGAGCCCCACCUCCAAGACAAGCCUAGAUGCGGGGGCGGGUGGUCCCCUAAUGAACAAAACCGAAGAUCAAAUAGAAGAAAUCAUUGAGGAUGUAGUACAAAAUUACCAAGCUUGGCAUGUUGGUACAAGGAACUAUGAUUGCAAAAGUAGAAGUGAUGAUGGUAAGGGGUCAAUAUAUGCUAUGGAGCAAGCACGGAUUAUUGAGAAGCUUAGAUCGAGGUUGGAAAAGCUAGAGAGCACUCCAAGUCAACCCCCAUCGCCAUCAAAAAUUCCACCGCCUUCGGCUACUCUUCUCACUAAGGGGAAGAGCAAGGUGAGUUCCUUUGACACCUUGCCUCCGGGUACAUCCUUUUGUGAUAAUUGUCAAGACUUUGGUCAUUUCCCUAAUGCUUGUCCUUUAAUGCAUAAUGUGUCUUAUGUGGAUUAUGGCCCUUCUUAUGAAGGUGAUUUUGAUGUGGAAUAUUCUCAUGCUAUGAAUGAGAGGCCUAGAUAUGAUAACCCCCCUAAUCAAAACUUUAAUAGGAAAGCACCUAGAGGCCCUCCUAUGCAUGGAUCCAGGCUUUGGCCAAGGAGGAGGGUAUGA